UAUAGGCAUUUUAGGUGCAACUUGUUGAUGUAAGUUCUAAUGUGGUAGUUGUCGGUAUUUCCAAGGCGUGCAUCGUGUGGGGUUGCAACUAGGGGGUCAUGAGGUUUUUCAUGUGUCAUGUGUGAUAUACAUUUACCAGGUUAACGUCAUUAUAGCAUUAACAAUGAGAAAGGAAAUAUUUUUUAAACUUCUGCAAAGGCAUACUUACACAUGCCUCUCUCAUCAAUAUGGAAUCUAUUUUGCAUUUGCUGGAAUUGUUCUUGUUUUGUAUUCUAUGUUUCAAUUCGGCGAGGAGAUGCUGGAAUGGAGCCAAACUCAAUAUGAUUCAGUUUUCAGUCUUUAUCAUGACAACAUAGCAGGAAGAUCAUAUCAAGCUAUGCUGGCUGCCCCAAUACCAAUAGACGUUGUAUACACAUGGGUCAAUGGAUCUGACCCAAUUCUACUCAGUCAGCUGAGUGCUUUAAAAGCAAGUUUAAACUCUGGGACUAUGACCCUCAAUACUACCUCACUUCCCGAUCCAAAAUUUUCUCAAUGUUUACAUAAAGAUUGUUUUUUAUUGCCUUGUCUGAUUACAAACCCCAUGCUGGGGGAACAACUAACUGUUUCUGAGGCGAAGGAAAAAUGGGUAGGUCUGUCAGAUCUCAAAUGGAUUGGAAAUGUAGAAGUAACAAAAGGAUUUAUCUCAGAAACAAAAGCAACAAAUGUUACAAUUCUCAGGUUCGAAGACAAAGAGAAAGUAAAAUCAGCAUUGACCUCAUUAACAGAAUUACAAAAUAGAACUUUCCAACCUUUAUAUAUAACAACAGCAUCUGAUGCUUCAAGUUCUUCUCAACUUCGUAAUGCUUUAGUAUUAAAAGGGAUUCCUGAUAAAAUGAACUCUGAUGAAUUGAAGGAAAAAUUUCCAGAAUAUUUAAAGCAAAUAUCAGAAUGGAUAUAUAUAGCAGGAGCAGAACAUCUUGCAUUAGUUUGGACAAAUGAUGCAAAGAAGACUGCUACCAUUCUGGAUCCUAAAAGUAACACAACACUUCCAUUUUUUGGGAUUGGUGAAUCUACCGUAAAAAUUUCAGCAGCUUAUAUGCUAGUGCAUGUUGAGGAAGCACCAACUCAAGAUGAUAUGGCUCGUAGUCGCUUCGAAGACAAUGAAGAAUUGAGGUAUUCAUUGAGAUCUAUUGAAAAAUUUGCUCCAUGGAUUCGAAAAGUUUUUAUUGUCACAAAUGGACAAAUUCCUUAUUGGUUGAACAUGGAUAAUCCAAGGAUAAUAAUAGUAACCCACGAGGAUAUAUUUGUCAACAAAACUCAUCUUCCAACGUUUAGUUCCCCCGCAAUUGAAUCUCAUAUUCAUCGUAUUCCUGGACUUGCAAAAAAAUUCAUAUAUAUGAAUGACGAUGUUAUGUUUGGAAGACCGGUAUGGCCAGAUGAUUUUUAUACUCACUCCUUUGGACAAAAAGUCUAUCUAACAUGGCCAGUUCCAAACUGUGCAGAUGGUUGUGCUCCGACCUGGAUAAAGGAUGGUUUCUGUGACUCGGCAUGCAAUGUUUCAGAUUGCAGCUAUGAUGGUGGAGAUUGCAUCGGUAACAAUGUUAGAGCUGGUGUUGGGAUGUCUCAUGGAGGAUAUAGUUUCAGUACAUCAUCUUACUGUUAUCCAGGAUGUGCAGAUACAUGGCUUGCUGAUAAAUUUUGUGAUCAGUCAUGCAACAAACUGGAAUGUGGAUUUGAUGCAGCAGAUUGUGGGAAAAGUAAUUUUGAUAAAAUCUACAAAAUUAAGUUUCGAAUGGAGAAUGGCACAAUAUACAAAGUACCGCACGGUGCAAAAAGUGCAUACAUCGACUUUUCAAAGCACUUUGGAAAAAUUACAAAAGCGGAAUACGAUAAAGACAAGUCAAUUCGUACUGCUGCUGUGUCGAACAAAUUUAACGUCACUACUUUAAUAUAUAAAUCAGACGGAAAUGAAUCCAAUAUCAGAUUCAUUUUGACUGGUGAAUCAUUGCAUCCAAAAAAUUCUAAAGGAGAUGAGAACUCAAAUAAAACUAUAAUAACUGUGUUCUUCAACGUCACUGCAUUUCCUUCGAAAAACGUAACUUUUAAUUUAUCGAGUAUACAUGAAGAAGAUCCCGAUGACGUUUUAGAAAAAGUGGACGACAUUGUUGUUAACAAAACUAACUCUGUAAUAAAAGAUGAUUUUUCCGAUAUAAUCACUUUUCCGGAAGAUAAAAAGAAGCCUCGUGUAUUUCAUCACGAAAAAAUGAUCCCAAAAUCAGUAGAUUUACCGGAAUUUAUUGACACUAAAGUCUUGCCUGAAAAUGUUGCAAAUCAGUAUCAAAAACUGGAAGAAGCUUUUCAAAGCAAUUACAUCACUGAAAAAGGAUACAGAAAACAAAAAUCUGUCUUGUUGUCACCAUUUCUUGAUGUUUUAAAACAAGCAGCACUCGAUAUGAACGAGAAAAUAUCACAAGAUUCUAUUCUUAAAGAAAUGAAUGCAGCAAAAUUAGGUUUACAAAGAAGCAAAAAUAUGGGAGUUGCUUUAGAUUUUGAAGAAAGUGAAGAAAAGAAUAAAGUUACUGAUAGUCAACAGAAUAAGCUUCUUCCGAAAGAGAAUACAAAUUCUGAAAUUCCAGAUAGUCAUGCUAACGAGAAAAAAGAAUUGGAUUCGAAAGAUAGUGAUAAAUUAGUAGAUAAUAGAGAAAACCAAACGAAUGAUUUUUCUGAAGCUGGUCAUCAACAUAAUAAAGGCGACACUGGUCAAGAAGAAAAACUUGAUCCUGUAGAGGCACAUCAUGAAUCUUUAAGGAAGCCACCGAAUCAUGAAGCUCUCAAUGAAUCCAUGUUGAAGAAUCCGUUUUAUAGAAUCAUCAAGAAUUCUCCGGACUUGAAGAAGUCUAGGAACAAUUCCACUUUCAAUGAAUCAGAACAUGCAUUUGCUGGAAGAAAGCUCCUGUGGUAUGAAGAACAACAAUUAUUACUGAAUGAAACUCUGGAGAGAGUUUUGCAUCACCAACCAAAGAAAACAGGAUUUUUACCCUGGGAAAAGGAGAGAAUAUUUGACCUUGAUAUGAAGAAGGUGGAGGAGAGAGAGAGAAAAAGAAGAUUGAUGAAUGAAUUCAAAAUUGACGAUUCUUUAAGAAUUGGUAGGAGAAAACCCUUAGAUGCAUUUGCGGAUUCCUUAAGAUACGUCAGUAAUAUUUACAACAGAGAUUUUGGUUUUACUCAACGUAAAGUACCAGCACAUAUGCCUCACUUUGUUGACAGAGACAUCAUGUUCGAAUUACAAGAAAAAUAUACAAAGGAAUAUGAUAUCACUUCCUCACAUAAACUUCGACAUUCUGAAGAUAUGCAAUUUGCUUUUUCAUACAAUUACUACUUGAUGAGUGUGAAAGAGCCACUUAACUUCACCAAGGUUUUCCUUUCUCUCGACACUGAUGGUUCCAAAGUAUUGUCUGAUAGGGAGAUAAGAACACUAGCAACAAGAACACAUAAUCUACCUUUAACAUUGCAAGAAUUAACAAACUUAGAAAAGAAUAUUAUAUCAUGUGCUUGGAAGCUGUAUGGACCACAGAGAAUAAAGGAAGGGAAUCAAACCGAUGACAAAGAUAUAGAAGAAGACAAACCCAAGUUAUCAGAGAUGAACCAACCUACGGAAUCGUUGGAGCCGUGGGCAGUUACAGAGCAUUAUUAUGAUAAAGAAAUGCCUUUUGUUACUGAACAUCUUGUUCUAAAUUGCCCAUUUUUGAUGCAAAUGAUCAACAGUUCUUAUGGAGCAAAACCAAAAUAUAAACACCAGGUUAUGGAUGAAGAUGAAAUCACAUUUAAAAUGAUUCGUAGCAAUGUAUCGACUGUUGUAGGACAACUCGAUGAUAUCAGGAAAAAUCCUAAAAAAUUUAUUUGUCUCAAUGAUAAUAUUAAUCAUCAUAAUACUAAAGAUGCUGAAAUGGUCAAAGCUGUUUUGCGAGACUUCUAUGAGACAUUUUUUCCCACAGAAUCACAGUUUGAGUUACCACCAGAUUAUAGAAAUAGAUUUUUAGAUAUUUAUGCACUUAGAGCAUGGAAAGAGAGAAGAGAUUAUAUUUCUUCGUGGUUACGUUUAAUAUUACUUAUAAUUUUAUUUUUCACUGUUAUAUCAAUAUUAUGGGACAGAGUUUCAGGUUCCUGGCGUCUCAAUAAGAAUCGAUUUUUACGAAAAAUUUCUAAUUUUAGUAUAUUUUCUUUUUCAAAUUCAUUAUCUGAUUCAAACCAGAGUUAUGAACGAAAACGUAGGAUGAGUAAUGUGUAACAUGUGCCAUGAUUUUAAAUUUAUAUUUGAAUUAAAUAUUUAUAACCAAUGGUACAGCAUAAAUAUUGCAAAAACCUGUAUUGAGAGUACUGCAAAGCCUUUUUUGUGAUGGUCGGGCAUGCCUUUUUGGGUUCAACAUCCUCGUUUCACCCAGGGUGUGCUGGAGAGAUGACAGUUAUUCGAAAAAUUGUAGCUACUUAUGCAAAAAACGUAGAUCUCUCAUUUGAGGAAAAUAAGAAAUAAAGACUGCUUAGUAUCAUGGGGAACCGCUAUGGAACUAGUCCUAUAGUGAAAAUAUUUACCAGUUUGAUUCCAGAUACUUUUUUAUUCUAUCUCCCCUUAUUGCAGUUAACAACUGUAUUGUUUACAAGUAUGAUAUGUUGGAAUGCAUGCCCCCUUUCGAUAACUUUAAAAAAUCAAGUUGACUUUGUGCAUCAAAGUUCUUGGAAGAAAUCGAAUGUCCUAUGAAAUAUUUCCUUCAAUUUACAGUCCUAGUUUUACAAACACCAAGCUUUGUUUCAUAUAUUUCUAGAAUUGCAUUUCUUUUACAUUGUUGCCGGUAUGAUGUUCUCUCUAUAUUUUUUUGAAACGGUAGCUUCAUGAAAAACCACAUUCAUUUGUUAUAACUCUGUGCCAAAAUAUUAAUCUAACCGGAAUUGAUAUUAUAAUUUUUGUACCAGCCUCAAAUUUCACAUUGAAGCAAGAAGUUUAUGCUACUCCAUUAAAUUAGGACCUGAUUCUGUAAUUUAGUAACUUAAACCUUUGCCAAACAUAAUAGUACUCUGAACUGGUAUCAAAACGGUCUGUAGAAACAUAAGUAUGUUUAUAAUAGUUUCAUGGCCUGCAACUUCAAAACUGGGACCUGCUCUUCUGUGAAAAGCUGGGUGUGCCAAAUUUUAUUAAGUUAAGAUGAAUGCUUUGCAUAUUCACUACAAGUUGAAUUCUUUUUGAAAAAUCACUGUAUCCUACCUUGCUGAAUUGUACGAAUAUUCUACUGUGUUGUAUUACUGGUGCAUUUCAAACUAUAUAUUGGCAUGUGAUACCAGCGUACUGUAUUGCAAAAUUACAUCAUUUUUAAAUUUCGAACAUCUAUAACUCACUUGGGGGUAUUUCCAUUGAUUAAUGUUAUUGUUGGCUUAUUCAAAAUUAAUACUUUAUGUAUUUUAACACAGUAGAAUUAGCUCAUUUAAAAAUCUGUAGGACUUGCAGUAUGUUAUAACUUUUUUUACUGUGUUGUAAUGUAAGGCGCAGCAACCUACGAUAUGCAACAGAGGUAUUUUUUGUUAAUCUGGUGGUACUUCAAUGUCCUUCAUAGGUAAAUUUGGUAACUAAGAAAGCAAUUUCUGUUUAUAACUUGAUUUCAUUAUUUAUUCGAUUCAUCUAUUUUAAACUUUUCAAUUCAAUCACAUUGUGCCAAAUGUUGGCGUGCUGAUACUUCCUAGUGCAAUAAAGCAAACUUUAUUAUUAGCGUACAUAGA